AUGAAUGGUUCUGGUUUAGGUGGUGGUUUUUUGGGUGGUUCCGCUGGGGGUAUUUUGGACAUUAAAUCUCCAUUUCAUAGGCAUGGUAAACACCAUAUGAAUAUCAUGACUGGUUUGGAAAGUGAUAACAAAAUUGGUUUAAUUGAUGUGAAGAAUUUGAAUGUUGUUGGGUUGAAUUUUGGUAAAGGGAAAGCAAUUGCUAGCUCGAAUUCGAAUCCGGUCAAUGAUAAUGAUAUGAGCGAAGACGAUGAUGCGGAAGAUGGGAAUUGCGAGAAUUAUUUUGAUGGUGGGAAAGGGAAAAAAGGGUCUCCCUGGCAGAGAAUGAAGUGGACGGAUGAUGUGGUUGGGCUUCUUAUAGCGGUGGUGAGUUGUGUUGGUGAUGAUGGGACAAUUGGUGGUGGAGAUGGUGUUAAAAGGAAGUCUGUUGUUUUACAGAAAAAGGGUAAGUGGAAAACUGUUUCGAAGAUAAUGAUAAGUAAGGGUUGUCAUGUGUCGCCGCAACAGUGUGAGGAUAAGUUUAAUGAUUUGAAUAAGAGGUAUAAGAGAUUGAAUGAGAUACUUGGUAGGGGAACUUGUUGUCAAGUGGUUGAGAAUCCUGCGUUGAUGGAUUCGAUGACGAACUUGUCUGGUAAGGCGAAAGAUGAUGUUAGGAAGAUAUUGAGUUCGAAGCAUUUGUUUUAUAAGGAAAUGUGUGCUUACCAUAAUGGACAAAGGGUACCGAAUAGUCAUGAUCUUGACUUGCAUGGUUAUUCGUUGGAACACGGGAAGGACUCUAGAGAUAACGAUGGUUCUGAGGAGGACGAUGACGAUAACAAUGAGAGCGAGGACGAUGAGUUGGAUGAUGAGAUUAAUAUUAAUGCACACGGGGAUGGAGGGAGGAGAACGGAGGAGUUUUUUCGUGAUCGAGAUAAAUUAACUGAGGAGGAUGGCUACUCUUGGCUGCCGACGUCUACUAGGAUGAAGAAACUUGAGGUUGAAAUGACAAAGGUUUUUCAAGACCCUGCAAAGUCACCGUGGGAGCGAAGAGAGUGGAUUAAGGCACAACUGUUGCAGCUUCAAGAGCAAAAUGCCGAGUACCAAGCCAAGGCUCUUGAACUUCAGAAGCAACGGUUUAAGUGGUUGAGAUACUGCAGCAAAAAGGAUAGGGAGAUGGAGAAGAUGAAGAUGGAAAACAAGCGAAUGAAAUUGGAAAAUGACCGCAGAAUCUUGAAACUAAAGCAGAGAGAGCACGAGGCGGAUUUCAGUAACUCCGAGAUGUUGUUAGACCCUGCAACCAUUGGUAUCAACACGCCGCAAGGGAGAGAACAUAUCAACCUGGCUAGACAGCAGUAG